CGUUCCGAUCCAACUCCGACUGAAUCUGGAGCUCCAAGAAGUAACCAACGUUCCUAUCUCGAACCUCGUCGGACCUGGUUUGGACUCACCGUCUCCGUCACUCACGUCACCAGUAAACCGGUUGAACGCUCGAAAUCAGCAAUCGCCAUGGCUGCCUUUAUUAAGGCGAUCAAUGCUCGGAUCCGAGCCAACCCAGCGCUCGACUACCUCUGCUCAACACAUUUCUGGGGUCCUGCCUCCAACUUUGGUAUUCCUGUGGCAGCCGUCUUGGACACCCAAAAGUCGCCGGACCUGAUCUCGGGUCAGAUGACGGGCGCCCUUAUUAUCUACUCCGCGACUUUCAUGCGCUACUCCCUAGCCGUUACGCCGAAGAACUACCUCCUUUUCCUCUGCCACUUCGUCAACGAAGGGUCGCAGCUCACACAGGGAUAUCGCUACAUGAAAUGGCACCACUGGGGUGGUAAGCAGGAGGCGGAGGCUGCGAGCCCGAGUCAGCCCGCCGCGGCUGUGGGCAAGGUUGAGGCCGCGGUAAAGGAGGCGGCCAGCAAAUAAGUGUCCCUCUGUCCCGUGUUCCCGGGAACGGUGAAGGGAGCGGUCCGGCCAGUUCGGGUGUAAAAAUCUCAGACAUGGAAGGAGAAGCGGUGGCGAUAGACGACAUUUGCGGCAGUGGUUUAUCCCUGUGCGCCUUCAUCGGAAUGCAGUCAAGUAGCAGCAUAAGGAUUCUGUCAGGCAGAGACGCCGCAGAUUGUGCAUACGACUGCUCUGGGCAGAGGAAGUUGUCCAUAGCAUCAUGCUAUUAUUUGGGUCUCUUACCGGGGAGCUAUCCUCUUGUCGUAACCAAUAUACAGAGGCACAGGAGUAGCCUCAACUGGCCAACAACACCAAUGAUAGCAAAGCACGUUUUUUUCUUGCAACAUGGGCACUAGAAUUUGAUCGUGAUGUUUGCUGGGCGAUUGUAUUUUGUUUUAUUAUGUUUUGGAAAGGGGGGUU